AUGGGGUUCCAACGAGAGAACGACAUGGACUCGCACUAUCCAGAGGUACCAGACACGCUUAGCAUCGACUCUUAUGAGAUGCAGAAUAUCAAUCUGGCCGCACAGGCACCACCGCCUAAGUACGACUCUGCGGGCAACGUGACCCCGUACCUGGGGCUGCGGGCGCGGCUGUCGCAGGUCUGGCUCAACAGGUGGACGGUGCUCUUGCUGAUAAUGCUGGUGCGGCUGCUGAUGCUUCUGGGCAACCUGCGGAACGACAUUGACAACGCUAAGGCAGAGGCGCUGUCGGCGUGCACCAAGGUGGAGGACGCAGGCAGUGCGAUGGCGUCGAUGCCGCACUACAUGUCGGCGGGAGUCAACUCGCUGGCAGCAGACUCGAUCUCCAAGGCGGUGCAGGGUGGAGUGGAGCUGUUGAUGAUGGUGCUGACGGGGGUGCAGCAGCUGAUCCUGUUUGUGAUCAAUAUGUACAUCGGCACGUACGUGUGUCUGUCGACUGCUCUGAUCCACGGAGCGCUGGACGUGGGGAUCGGGGCGGCGGACGAAGUGACGAGCGCGAUGAACAAGGCGAUCAGCGCUGUCACGGGCACGCUGGCCGACGAUGUGACGAGCGUGCAGUCGACGAUCAACAGCGUGUUCUCGGAAAUAGCAAGUUCGGCAAGCGUGUUUGGUAGCUCGCUUACAGCGCCGACGAUCAACUUCACGACGCAGCUGGACGAGCUGAAGAACAUCCAGGUGUCCGACACGGCGUUUGUCAAGACGCUGGAGACCCUGAACACGUCGAUUCCGACGUACGACCAGGCAGAACAGCUGGCGAGUAGCGCGCUCUCGAUCCCGUUCGACGCAGUCAAGACGCUGCUCAACAACACUUACGGCAACUACACGUUUGAGGGGUCAGCCUUCCCGGUGGCGAAGAAGCAGGCGCUGACGUUCUGCUCGGACAACGACGUUGUGGCCGACUUCUUUGCGGCGCUGUACGAAGUGGCAAAGCAGGCGCAGACGGCGUUUGUGGCAGUGAUAGUGGUGCUGGCGGUAUUGGCGUGCGUGCCGAUGGCCUGGCAAGAGCUGCGGCGGUUCCGCCAGCAGCAGCGCCGACCACGUCUGCUGACCGAGCAGGGCUUCGACCCGAUGGACGUGGUCUACAUCGCGUCGAGGCCGUUCACAGCGGGUGUGGGGAUCUGGCUGGCGAAUCGGCGAUGGCUGUCGGGGUCGCCCAAGCGACAGCUGCUGGUGCGAUGGACGACGGCAUACGCGACGACGAUGCCGGCGCUGUUUGUGCUCUCGCUGGCGGUCGUCGGCUUUGUCUCGUGUCUGUGCCAGGCACUGCUGCUGCGGGCAGUUCAGCGGGAGACGCCGGCUCUGGCGGCCGAGGUGGGCGACUUUGCCGGGUCGGUGGUGCAGACGCUGCAGAACGUGUCGACAGCCUGGGCGGAUGACGGGAACGCGGUGCUGCUGGAGUUCCAGAACCACAUCAACGACGACCUGCUGGGCUACGUGACCAACGCGACGACGGCAAUCAACGACACGCUCAACGUCUUCACGGACGAAAUCAACAGCGCGAUUACGGCGGCCUUUAAUGGCACGGUGCUCUACACCACGGUGCAGCAGGUAGUCUAUUGCCUGAUCGGCAUCAAGAUCAACACGGUCGAGGAGGGUCUGACGUGGGUGCACGACCACGCACGUGUGACGAUGCCGCAGUUCCCGACUGACGUCUUUUCCGUCGGCGCCAACGAGUCGCUCACGACUGACGGCGGCCAGACGACCUUUCUGGCAACGGGCAGCAGCGUCACGUCGGACGAGAUCACCGCGGCCGUGGCCAAGGUGGUAGCCUUUCUGCACAGCGGACUGGUGCAGGAGGCGCUGCUUUCGACCGCGCUGUUGCUGGUCUACGUCAUCGUCGUGUUGAUCGGCGUGGUGCGAGCAACCGCAGCCCUGGCGAUGCGUGAUCGCUCGCGUGCCGAAGGUGGCCAGCGCUGGUUCGCCGAAGGCGUCUCGGGGCCGCAGCAGCCCUCCGGCCGGAUGUCGGGUCGAAUGCCGAGAGGGAUGUCGAGAGCGAGAGGACCGUCUAGGGGAUCGAUUGUUUUUCCUCGCUUUGACACGGCCGAGAGCGCAGCGACCGACGACCAGAUGGCGGCUUCGGUGCGCGACGAGAAGCUGAGGCUCAAGCUGGGACCAGUGCUGCCAGUGCGCGUGGCUACCAGCCGACAGGUCGAGACCAAGACGGGCCAAUGGCGCAGCAGCAGCUAUGGUGAUGUGGAGGACGUCGAGGACGUGGACGACGUCGAGUACAGCCUCGGCCCCGACGACACUAAGCUGGUCACAUACGCGGCGAAGCGCCACUAG